GGCCCAACCUCCACCGCCGCGCCCCUCCAGCUGCGCCGGCGCCGACGGGCCGGCGGUGACGUCACAGACGACCCGAGCCGUCCGCCCCAGCGCACCAUCGAUUGGUCCGCCAGCGGACGGCGUGCAGGGCCGCGGCACUCCGCCGGCACCAUCAUGGCCGACCUCGAGUUCGAGGAGUUUCGCCGCCAUUUCGACCGUCUGCCGCAGCACAUCAAGGCUCCGGAACAGUCGUACAGACUGGUGCACGACGUGGCGCCCGGUGGGCCGACCGCGCCGGAGAGCUCCAGCGAGGGCGACUCGGCCGGCGAGGAGACCUCCGAGGAGACGCGAGCCCUGCACUCGGGCCGCUGGGAGCCCUCCGGCUGGGCGCCCGCCCACGAGCCGGCCGACACCGACCAACACCGGCAGCCGCAGAGGCGACGGAGACUCCCCGAGAUUCCCAAAAGUAAAAGACCCCUGUCCCGUCACCUGCGACUGGUCUCACAUCUGAGUCUGGCCUCGGAGCUGGGUAUACUGGAAGCGGGCGACGAUGGUCGUCCCGCUCAGCCCGUCUACGUCAUGAAGUGCUCACACCUGUCCAAAGACGGGGACAGCUCUCCCGACUCAGACGUCCUGCACACGUGUACCGACGGCGACUCUGGCAACUCGACGGCACACUCGCCCGACAACUGCUGCCGGGCGCGGCAGCGGAACGCGUCAGGAGCGAUGUCUCCAGUAUCGCCCAGUGCGGCGCUCUGCACAAAGCUGGAACUUCUUGAGGCAACGCACCGAGGUCUCUACAAGUUCGAGCCGAGACACCACGACGAGAUCACCAUCGACAUCGGUGACCCGGUCUAUCUGAUCAAAGAGGCCGACGACUUGUGGUGCACAGGCGUGAACCUGCGCACGGGACUGCGCGGCGUGUUCCCGUCCGCCUACGUCACAGACGUCGACUACGCCGACUUUGACCCGUCGGCGCCGCCGGUCCGAAAGGAGCGCUACUUGCUCGGCUACCUGGGUUCAGUGGAGGCGCGCAAACACAAGGGCAUCGAGGUGAUCACGCAGGCGGUGCAGAAGGUGAUCGGAGACGUGCGCGCGGCGCCGGACCCAGCUGACGCCGCCUUCGCCUACCCGUGCAUCCUGGAGAUCUCCGACCAGGGCGUGCGCAUGAUCGACAAGAGCAAGCCGGCGCCCAACCAUGUGCUUUGUCACGACUACUUUUAUGAAAUCAAGAAUGUGUCUUUCUGCGGAUUCCACCCACAAAACCGGAAGUAUUUCGGCUUUGUGACCAAGCACCCACAGGACCUGAAGUUCGCCUGUCACGUUUUCGUCUCAGAAGAGUCGACCAGGCCCGUGGCAGAGGCUGUCGGACGUGCUUUCCAGCGGUUUUAUCAAAAAUACCUUGAAGCGGCUUACCCCAUCGAGGAGAUAUUCAUGGACUUCUAACGAGUGAUAAAAGUCGGGACGUGCAGGAGUCUGAGCGGCAAUGUUGUGACGCGGACAAUGAGCCGGUGGGUGAUAUGGGUACGCUUCGUCGGCCGGCAGUCAAUGGAAACCUGUCUGCAGUGUUGCUGCUGUCGUCGCUUUCAGUCUGAGCACGAGGUAGUGGCCCGCCGACCCAAAAGUGUGCCGCCUACGAGUCGCACAUUGCGGCCUGCGUGAGGCGAAUGGCGUGAGGUGGGGCAUAUGCAUCAAUCGUUGCAAUCAAGGUGUUAUGGGAAGGUCGGUGAAGGGGUGACCGCCCUGGGGGUGUUUCGUGGGUUGAGCACACCGUUCCUGUGUUGUGAUUUGAUAUCGAGCCGAGAGGGCUCCGUGGGGUGGGGGAAGGGGUGGGGUGAGGUGGGGGAGGGUCGGGUCCGGGGGAUCGGUCACACACCGAUGGCCGGCGGUGCUGGAAGCCCUCUCGGUCGGACCGGCGGCCCCUGCUGAGGGUGCAGCAGCCAGGGAGUGGGCGGCGGCCCGCACCACACCGGUCCCAGUGCCAAACCGGCCGGUCCUGUCAGAGCGCCGCGGGCCGCUCAGCGACGCAGCGCGACAGUCAGUGAUGCUCUCCGUACUUACACCUACUGCACGGGGAAUGGUUCACCAUCCGGGCAAUAACUAUUGUUAGCAUUUAAAGCAUCUGACACUAUGUGGAUUCUAAUUUUGUUAUGAAUAUGUCAAAGUUAGUAAGCUUCUGUACUUUACCUGCCUAUAAAAUAUUACCAUCCCAUUCGUCCCAAUCACAACUGAAGUUUUCAGUACCACGAUUAAGUCUAAGAUUUGAAUAGAUAAAUUAACUACUUUCGGCGAUCUACGGCUUUUUAGACAUGAAAUUGAACAUUUUGCAGCAAGCUCUAAGAGAAUGAUAGGCUACUAUUUUGAUUCAGCAUUUCAUCCCUGUUUCAAGCUAGAGGUGAACCGUUUCCUUGCUAUGAACUAUGCAGAUGUACCGAGACAAGCAUUUAUGACAUUAUUGUUUUCGCUGUAUUUCUGUAUGACCUCUGUCGUAUAACGACAUCUAUCAGUAACAAUGUGUACUUUCAUUUGCAUCCCUUAUCUCAGUCAUGUGCCUGUUCUCCGAAUGAACUCUGAUCAAAUAUACAUAGGUGUACAGCUUGAUUUAACAAAUAAA